AUGACUAGAACAGAGAGAGCCCAAAACCCCGCUGCGGUCUCCAAAGACCGACACUCCCGCUCUGGUCUGACCAAGACCGAGCUCUCCCAUAAGGGAGGGGACGGCGCCCAUAAUUGGGGAUCAUGGAAGACCAAAGGUCAAGAUGAAAUAUCAGGUAUGGAAGAUGCCAAUGGAGAAAUCUUCCAACUUGACGAGGAACGAGGUCAAAAUCAAGCUAAAGGUGGAAAUGACGAUAACGAGAAUGAUGGUAUUGGUGAACUUCGAGGUAAUAAUGCGAAUAACGAUGUUGAAGGGAAUAUCGCUAGAUCCCCUGCGGAAUCCACAGGUAGUCUCGAUAGACCGAAUCAAGGUCAAAGAAGGAUGAGCAGUUAUAGUGAGGAGGAAAAGAAGGAGGCGCUUCAAUACAGAGGUGGAUGGCAUAAGGCUGGGGUCGACCUCGCUCAAAUCGCUAGAACCUCAUACGGUAUCGCCCAAUCUCCCCCUUUGGCCACAAGUCCUUCAAAAGUCAAGCACGGAUUCAACUUUAACAAGUAG